GAAUGCAAAGAGAAGAAAGAAGAAUUAUUCGUGUUCGGCUAUACGUGCAAACUGUUCAGGGACGAUGUUAAAGCCCUGCAGGUUGACCAAGGCAAACACCUCAUUCCGUGGAUGGGGGAUGAAACGUUGAAAAUCGACAGGUUCGAUCCGUUUUUUACUAUAAGACUGCUAACUGUGCCGCUAAAAAAGUUAAAAAAAAAUUAUAGUAAAUAAUGAGAAAAUGUUAAUUUUUCGGAAGAUGCUACUAAGUAUUUCGCAGAGCCUAUCGGUUGUCGAUGCGGAGCGAGGCUGCUGGACGUCGGGACGCGGUAUCCGCCUCGUCUUUUGUUAUGGUGACUUGCUCGGUGGUAUGAUGCGAGGGGUGCACUCCAUGAUCUGUCAGCCCUGGAGGCUCCGCCCGGGGGCUUUGACUGGCGAGUGGAGCUCACCAGGGCAGAGCGGGAUGUGGAGCAGCUCUGUGACGAGGAGAGGUACCGGGCGCUCCACACUGAUGAAGAUGAAGAAGAGAUGUACAAAGAGGAAGAGUUGAAGCGACUUCAUGCAGCUGGGUAUGGGCAGGUGGGAUUCAACUAUGAUGCUCCAACCGAGUCCAAGCCUGAGGUGCCAGUUGAAAUCGAAGAACCGUUUGAGCCAAGUCAAGCACUCAAGGAUCUCUUGCCAGCUAACACAAUUUUUCCCGACACCCAAAAACAGAAUGCGAUAAUAGAGAAGACAUCAAACUUCAUUGCUCACCAAGGCACUCAGAUGGAGAUCCUGAUCAAAGCUAAACAGCAAGACAACCCGCAGUUCAAGUUCCUCAACAAGGAUUGUCCCCUGCACGGAUACUACACAGCGCUCACCGCACUGGUCAAGGCUGGGAAGUGGCCCGAGAAGAAGGUAGAGACUGUGGAAGAAAAACAUCAAGAAAUCAAUGAAGACUACCUCCAUCCAAGUCUGGCUGCAACAAUUAUUGAAUCGGCGCCCUCCAUUCCGAGCAUCCAUUACAAGCCGUCGGCGGACUGCGACUAUACUCUGCUGAUAUCCAAGAUGCGCGGCGAGGCGACCCUGGACGAGGCCUACACCACCGAGCUGGCGCCAGGCGAGGUGGCGCCCCCUGGCACGGAGCCCCUGCCCCCGCGCGCCAGCACCGAGAUCACUGGGGCUCCUGUCAUGUACAACAACACUGAUCAUGCAACACAGCAGCAGUAUCCGCCCUUCUACAACCAGUAUAUGGCUCAGUCGCAGAUGCAGGCGAACAUACAAACAAACACACAAGUCAACAACACACUGGCGCCGCGGACGGACAAGCCUGCCAGCAAGUCCACUGGGCUCAGUCUCAUGAAGAACUACAAUACUGACAGCGAUAGUGAUGUCUCGGAUUUCGACGACAGCUCAUCAACCGACAGCAAAGACAAACCUAUAAUACUAACUCCGCCGGAUGACGUCAAGACUGUCAUAGACAAGAUGGCGGCGUACGUGGCGCGGAACGGUGACGAGUUUGAGGAGAUCGUGCGCUCCAAGUGCGACCCGCGGUUUACUUUCCUGGAGCCCGACAACUUGUAUCACCCUUUCUAUAAACGGCUGAUGCAAGAGAAGAGGGGAGUCGAUGUCAAUGGGAGGGAGAAGGAGCAAGUCACACGGGAGAAAACCCCGGUAGUAUCGUUCUCAAUAAAGAAGCACAAAGAACCCGAUCCAAUACUACCCAAACCAGCUCUGCCAUAUGAAUCAAGCGAGGACGAAGACAAGCAAGCAGACACCACCGAGGAGAAUAAAGAACAACCCAAAACCAACAUACCACAGAUACAAGCAACCAACAACAUACCACCCGUACUGGUGUACAAGAUGGAGGUGGGACAGAUUAACAACCUGCCGGUCGUUAAAACCAUAGAGCAGAGAGUUAGCAACAAGACAGCAAGAGCCAUCACUUUGCCGGAGGUUAAGGAAGAGGUGAAAGAACCAGUUACAGAGUUCCCAAAAAUCGAAGAGUACCCGGAAAAGGAAGUGGAAAAAAUAAGAGAAGUAACUCCAGAAAAGAAGGAAAAAAACAGAGACAGGGAGAAGAAGAGUCCUAGCAAGAGGAAACACGAAAGAAAAAAAGAGUAUCGAUCUAAAGAGCAUAGAGAAAGGAGAUCAGAACGAAGGAGUGCAGAAAGGGAAAAGGAAAGAGAAAAAGAACGAGAAAGGAAGAGAGAUAGGGAAAGUGACAAAAAGAGGAAAAAAUAUAAGGAUGAUUUAGAGAGUGAGAUUAUUUCUUUGGAGGACAAUUCUGAUGAAAUGAUCGACUUGACUGGUGACCAGUCAGAUUCUAAAGGUGAAUGUGAAACUGAAGUGGACAGAACGAAACAGCAAGAAAGGCGGAAACGUGCGGCGGAGUUCCUCAAGAAAGUGGGCGUGGAUCCGGCCGCCGCAGCCUUACCCACCACCUCACUCGCCAGCGCCAUGGUCGACACGCUGGAAUCAUUAAAAAAGAAGAGAGACGAACAGGAGGAAAAGAGAAGGCGACAUGAAAAGCGGCGCCGCAAGGAAAAGAGAGAAUACGAAGGUGAAUCAGACAAGCAUCGAAAAAGUAAACGGAAAAAAAACAGAUUGACUGAUGACGAAGAUUCAGACUAUGAAAGUUCUAAAAAGAAAAAGCGGAAGAAAGACAAAAAACCAUCCAAAAACAAAAAGAGAAGGAAACACGAAAGUGAUUUAGAGGAAGAACCCCCGAAGAUCAAUAUAGAUCUUACAAACACAUUAAAAGAACUUAGAUCUAUGUCUCCCAGUAAAGAACUAGGACUGAAUAAUAUCGACGAUCUACCGUCUCUUGCGCAGCGAGAGUCGUCCAGCGAAGAGGAGAUUGAGAGGAGAAAGAAGAAGAAAGAUAGAGAAUACAGCGAGGGGGAGUGGUCUAGCGAUAGUGACGAAGAUUCUGUGUCGACUGUCGACAAAGAUUGAUUUUAAUUACUUUAUAAGUGUACAAAAGUAAUUGAUUUUAUUUAUAACUAGCGGACGCCCGCGACUUCGUACGCGUGAAACUCGAUGAAAACUUUUAACUACUCCUAACCUGCCCUACCCCUAACCUACCCUACACUACCCCUACCUCUACCCCUAACCUACCUCAACCCUUCUUUAAUUUUUUUCUGUCAUAAGAACCUUCUGACAAUAACAAACACUUAAAAAAAAUGAGACAUCGGUCCAGCCCUUCACGCGUGAUGGCGUGACCAAGGGAUAUAUAUACUAGCGGACGCCCGCGACUUCGUCCGCGUAAAAAUUGAUGUAAACUUCUCUACCUAUACCUUACCCUGCUCGUAAACCUACCCAACCCUAACCUACCCUACCCCUACCUUACUCCUACCCUACCGCUAACGCUAACCCUACCCUCCUCCCACCUUACCCCUACCCUAACCCUACCCGUAACCUAUCCAUACCCUAUCCUACCCAACCCUAAUCUACCCCUACCUUACUCCUACCCUACCGUUAACCCUAACCCUUCCCUACCCCUACCUUACCUCUACCCUAACCCUACCUUACCCAUACCCUACCUUACCCUAUCCUACUCCUAUCCUACUCUUCCCCUACCCUAUACGUUCCAUAUCCUUCCACUAACGUUCCAUAUCCUUUCACUACCUCUACCUUGCCCCUACCCUACCCUACCCUACCCUACACUUUCCCUAAAUUACCCCUACCCUACCUCUAUCCUACCCCUUCCCUAUCCCUACUCUCAGCAAAAUUGGUCCAGCCUUUUGUGCGUGAUGCAAUGACCAAAAGACUAUAAUUUCCCAAGCGACUUCUAUGCUAAUACUAUAAAGAGGUAAAGCUUGUGUGGUUGUCGGGGGUAAUCUCUGGAUCUACUGGACCGAUUUGGAAAAUUCUUUUACCAAUAGAAAGCUACAUUAUUUGCGAGUGUCAUAGGCUAUGUUUGGUCCUCAUAUUCACACGGGAACGGGAACCACAUAAUUGAAACCGCGGGGCGUCAUAUAGCGGCAUUUCUGCGACUUUCAGAAAUUUUGUAUUAUCUCCGAAACUAUAUAACUAAUUAACAUACUGUAAAGGGCAAAUCUUAUCUCUAUAAUAUCCUUGUAAUUAUUAAAUAAUUUGUUUUGAUAAGGAUUUAAGUUUAGUUGUGUAAAUAAUGACGUAAACCUUAGUUUAAAAUUUAAAUAAUUUAUUAAAGUACUAAAGGUACUAUAUCUGCUAAAAUAUAAAAGAUAGAUAUAUGGUGUCGCGGACUUUUUUGUAGAACUUUUAAAGGUUCAAAAAGCCUCCAUACAUUUAUUUCAGUUAUACGCAAUAGUUGAGGCAGCGCAUGCGAAUAAGUAAAUUUUUCGGUCCGACCUGUAAGAGAAAACCCGCGAUAACUCAGUAGUUAUAUAGUAUAGAAAUAUAAAAUAUAGCCUAUAGCACUCCCCGAUAAUGUAGGAUUCUACUGGUGAAAGAAUUUUUAAAAUCGGACCAGUAGUUCCGAAGAUUACCCCAUUUCAAAGAAUUGUUACAAACUUACAAACUUACAAACUUUACCUCUUUAUAAUAUUAGUAUAGAUUGUCAUGCGAAAUUAAAUUGAAUUUACUAAAAUUUUAAAAUUAUUAUUAAUAUGAUUAUGUAUUUAACGUUUUACUUAAAUGAAAUGUCUAAAGUUUCGAAAUACAAUACAUUAUCAGACGCCAAGUCUUGGACUGAUGAUUAAAAAUAUAAAAAUCUUAUCAGGGGACGCCACCCCAUUUUUUGUCACUUGUUAGGUUUUCCGAAUUUAGCUACUCCACGCAACGCACACAUGCACAAUAAUUUAUAUAAACUAUGUAAGCAAAUCUCAGACCAAUUAUUGUAUAGGACCUGUCUCGCUAGACGUUACUUUUCUAUCCAAGUAUAUGAUCAACGAUCUAAUGCGAUUAUAAAAGCUGUCUCUAUAGAAUCGAUGUUACAUAGUUGUGAUCGUGUUCCUCGGUUAAAGAGCUCCGUAAAAAUACCAUCUUGUGUAAUUGAAUUGUGUAAAAAAACGGGCAAAAACUUCUAAUAUAAUAUAAGAUAUAUACAAAAUCUAAGCUCGUUUUCCUCAGAAAAUGACAGACCAUUUUGUUCGUGACUAUGAGUGUGAUACAGGUCCUUCUAUAAUUGGUCUGAGAAGCAAAUUCAUUGCUUACAUUGUAUAUUUUGUUCGUUACUUAGUUUUAACACUUCCUGAACACAACUCGACUAAAACAUCUUUCGUCGUUUACUAUGCGACUAAACACAAUUAGCCACUUUUGUUCGCAUCAGUUUCGACGCGAUAGUGACAUAUCUAAUAGUAUAAAAUCUUUGGCAUAAUCUAAUUAAAAACAUUGUGCAUGUAACUGCUCCAAUCUAGCUGUUGUGGUUUUCGCGGGUAGAUUAAACUAUGCUUGGAGACAAGAAACAUGAAAAAUUCCGGCGUGGAAUUUAAAAUUUAAAUUUUUAGUUUUAUAUUUUAAGUGUAUAAAAGACAAUUUAAUUAAGAUUUUAAAUAUAUUUUAUUACCUUACUGUGAGGCGAUGCCAACACAAAGGUUAUUUAUAUGUAUUUCAGCAAUCUAUGUAAAUAUGUAAGUUAGUAAUUAUCUAUGUUCCAAGGAAGCGCCUAUAUAAUAAGAUUUUAAUGCAUGAGGUGUGAAUCAAUUUGGUACCGGUUAAGGUGACAUUAUGAUAUACAAACAAAAUCUGAGAAAUCAAUUUUUUUUUAAUUCAAAUCAAGUGACGAAUUUUACAUCCUAAUUCAAAUAUUAAUUUUUGCGAUUGUAUGGACUGAAAAAUGUAAAAAUAUAGUAAGUUUUGUAUUUAAUACAAUGUGGUGUUCGGAAUAUCUUCUCUAAAACGACACAAAGUUGAAUAUAAAUAGAUAAUUAUUAUUUUAUCUUAAGUUAUAAAGUAUAAACAAACUCCGAUGAUAAUCUUAAUAUCUUAAAUGCGGAUUUUCUGUUACAUAUACAAUGUAGAUACUAUACAUAUAAUAACUUACAUAAUAAAUCAUUUGAAAAUUGAA